UAUUUUAAUUAAUUUUAUAUUAAAUAUUUGAUUUUAUUUUAUCAUGUAAAUUAUGGGAACUACAGCUAAAGAUUGGCAAACAGCUUGUACAGAAAUUAGAUUAAGAGGAAAAGUUAUUUUAAGCACCGAACAAUGGUCAGAUUGUAAGUUUUUGGUUGGACCAGAAGAUGGAGAACAACAAAAUUUUGCAGGACAUAAAUUAUUAUUAGCAAUGGCAUCUCCAGUUUUUGAAAGAAUGUUUUAUGGUAGUUUAGCUGAUAAUUCAGAUAUUAUAUUAGUACCUGAUAUUACAACAUAUGCAUUUAGCGCAAUGUUAGUUUAUAUAUAUACAGAUAAAGUGAGAAUUGAUUCAGUUGAAAAUGCUUUUGAAUUAUAUUAUGCCGCUAAAAAAUAUAUUGUUCCACAUUGUAAUCUAAAAUGUGUUAGUUAUUUAUUACAAAAUAUAACUUCAGAAAAUGUUUGUAAAUUAUAUGAAUUUUCAAAAUUAUUUGAUGAACCAACAUUAGAAAAUAAAUGUUCACAACAUAUUUCAAAUAAAAUAACAGAAAUUGUUGCAUCACCGGAUUUCAUGGAAAUAAAAUUAUCAACUUUAAUUGAAAUAUUAUCAAUGGAAAAAUUGAUGAUACCAGAAAUUGAUUUAUUUAUAGCAUUUAAAAAUUAUGCAUACGCUAAUGGUUUUACUCCAAUUGUAAAUGAAAUUUCUGAAAUAAAAGAUGAAGAAAAACAAAAUAUAUAUACACCAGAUGAUGAUGAUGGCUCAGAAACAAAUCAAAUAAAUAUUGAAGAUUUAAAACCAGCACUUUACAAAAUUCGAUUUUUAACAUUGAGCGCACAACAAUUCGCUGAAAUACCGGCUAAAUCUGGUCUAUUAACUGAAUCUGAAGCUUUAGCAAUACUUACUAAUAUAAUAUCACCAAUAAUUACCGUUUGUCAAAUGCCAGAAGGUUUUUCUACAUCAAAAAUACGAAGAUAUUAAAUUUAUAUAUAAACACAAAUUAUGGAUUAUAAAUAUAAAAGUAAAUCAAUAAGAAU